GGACGGAUCGGCUCGGCAGGUCGUGCGGCCAGCUGCAGCCACCAGUCAGUCAGUCAGUGCCGAAGAAUGUGCGAGUGAUGAUGGGCCUUUGCAAGGUGGCCCUCGUGUUGACGCUGCUGCUGGGGCCGGUGCUGGCCCAGGACAACAAGCAGGAAUUCUGCACCAAGUUCCACCUGAGCGCGACGCACAAUGCGUCCGGCAUGCAGUUCACCCGCGAGGUCGGACAGUCGGACUUCGCCAUCGAGGCCAAAUUCAAAAGCAUCCACUGCUGCGCCAGGGGCUACCGCAGCAUCGAGUGGUACAAGGAUGACAUCCCGUACCCGUGGCUCGGGCUUGGAGGUGGCUCGUCUUUCAUACUUGAUCCGCAGGCCGUCAACCAGACAAUUUUUUCUGCCGCCGUGCGCGAAUCCGACGCUGGCUUGUACAAGUGCGUGGUGCGAAAUGACACGCACGCCUUUUCCCACAAAAUCAACCUGACCGUCUUAGACAAUGACUAUGAUGGUCCGAUGAGGACAACGUACAAACCGGACGACCAGUAUAUUUUACCAGGAGACAGCACGCGAUUUUUCUGCGAAGCUUUUAUCGGACAAAUCAACAGCAACAAAACAAGUGACUUGUACCAGUCGGUGAUCUGGAAGAAACAAGGAGAAAACUCAACCCUGCAAAACACGACCAGAUUCAUGCAGCAUCAUUUCCACAGGGAUGAAGACCAAACUUUGGGCGGAUACCUGGAAAUCUCAAACGUUCAGCUUUCUGAUUACGGCCGCUACAUUUGCUCCAUUUCCGUGUUCAACAGGAACACUCACGUGAUGGUGGCCCUUCACAAACAAGAAGUGCCAAAAGCAGCACCGCUGACGUCGCCCGCCAACGGUGUUCUCUCCUUAGCAGUUGCUUUGUCCUGUACAAUCCUAGUUUUAGUGGUUCUUAUUUAUUACAAACUGCGACUCAGACUGCUUCUCCUGUGGAAAGAUUUUUUCUCCUCAGGGGAUAAGAAUGAUCCAAAAGAGUUUGAUAUAUUUAUAUGCUACGUAACCAAAGACGCCGAGUUUGCAGUGAGCGAGCUGCUGCCGGCCCUGGAGAAGAGGUUCCACUAUCAAUGCUGCAUCCACCAGCUCCAACCCGAUGGUUGUGGUCGAUUAUCGCAACUAUCGCAAGUGAGUCGGCGCCUAGUGAUGGUGCUGUCGCCCGCACUUGCACAGCAACACUCAUCCACCUGGAGCGCUGCCUCCCUGGCCCAGCUUCUGGACCAUCUUUCCCAGCUGCACCCCAGCGUGGUUUUCGUAGUCACACAGGAGCUUCCUGUGGACACGCCGGGAGGCGAGCUGGCAGCAGCGUUGAAGAAUACGCGGCACAUCAUCUGGCCGACGCAGGCCAAGCUGGAGAAGGACGGCACCAACUUCUGGAUCCGUCUGUGCUUGCUGCUGCCGGCGCGGCGGCCCCUGUGCGCGCCGCGCGCCCGGGACCGACCGCCGGCGAAGACGCAGCUGCCGGCGAACAAUGAUCUGCAAAUGAAGAAACUCAACCCGGCCACCUCUACCUCCCGCGAGUCCCUUGAAGUGCUUGUGUAGGGAAAGACACUUUUGCUGCCGUAACGCGAGCUUAUCAGUGGUGGACCUGCCAGUUGGUUCUCUUGUUUUACCUCUCAUCUGAUUUUGUGCUUUUUGUGACUCGGAGUUCACCAAAUCUCGUUUCCGAUUGAGUUCUGCAACGCUGAGCUGACUGUGUAAAAAUAGUCGAGUUACGUAUUAUAUAAAAUGAGAUAUUAAUAUAAAUAUAUAUUAUAUUUUCCCGAGUUGAUUAUUCAGAUUGGAAACUCACUGUUUUUUU